GUUGAUGUUGAUGUUGAUGUUGAUGAUGUUGAUGUUAAGGCGCUACAGUACAUGUUGGAGACAGAUGACCAGUUUACUAUAUCUCUUCAUCAAGCGUAUAUAUGUUCCCUGCAAAACAAGUUCAGGGUUAUUCACGAGAAUUAAACAUUCAUUUAUCAUUUCAUUUUACAAUCUCAGCUUUGUCUCAUUUCACAAAUCAGUUUUAAGUGUUUUUAUUUACCAUAAAAAGAUAUGAAAUCCGCGAAACUUGAGUUUUAUUUUCCCGCAUUUGGAUUCUGCCUGUGAUCAACAAAAUAACCACUGGACUGUGAUUUUUACAGUCAAACUAAAUUAUCUAAAUGUGAUUAUUUAAAACAAGCGUUUUUUUCUGACGUAAUUCUAUAAAUUAUUUAAAUAGACUUCAAACAUUUUAGUAUUUUUUCUAAAUUCCCCAUAUAUUGUUCACUUUCCAUUUAUGUAUUAGAAACUUUGCUAAUACUAUAUGUUAGCUGUGUACCUGUAAAGUUUGAACCGAGUUUUAAACAAAUUAAGAAUUUAAUUUAAUUUUCCAGAUUAAAGAUGAGAUAAUGUUUCGGCUUGGUUGGGGGGCCAGGCCAAGUAUAGGUCGACAAAAGUACAGCACUGGGACUAAAAACCCUUACGAUGUCUUAGGAUUGCACAGAAGCGCGAAGAAGAAGGAGAUAAAAGAUGCAUAUAUUAGACUAUCAAAGAUUUAUCACCCGGACAAAAAUGUAAAUGUUUGCUCAACAUCCGAAUAUCAGGAUAUUAGGACUGCAUAUGAUACUUUAAUAGCUCUGCCGGACACUCAGAACCAGGAAGGGAAAGAAAAUGAACCUGGUACCGGAAGAGGUCCUCCUGGAACCGGAAGUGGUCCUCGAAGAACAGGAAAUGGUCCUCGUGGAACCGGAUAUGGAGGAUAUUCUGGAUAUUACACAGAUCCGCUCAACGAUUUUAACAGAAAUGACGAGUUUUGGAGUAGACGAGAAAAAGCCAGGACAGUGGACGAUUGGGUGAAAAAUGUUGAACGAAAUGCUCGAAUUAGGAAAAAGAUGAGCAACAGAAAUAAAUCUCAAAACAAUGAUCACAGAGAUUCCUUCAGCGGUUACUAUGAAAAGAGAGGAAGAGCUGAUGGACCUGAGGGACCUGAUUAUGGACCUGAAGGAAGAUUCUCAGGUCCUCAGUCGCACAAAGAUAUGUUUUAUGGACCUUUAGCUCGAAAACAUGAUCAGAAAUUCAUUCAGAUGGUAGACAGAGCUUUCGAAUUAUACAGAACGCGUUUGAUGCUUGGUGGACGGAAAAAUCUAAGCGAAAGAUUGUUUGACUUGCAUGCCUAUUGCUAUUUCUUGUUUCUUCGUUGGUUCCUGAGAAUAGGAACCAUUCAGGGGCUCAGUUAAUGAUGUUAGUGUUUAUUCUGCUGUUUUACUUAGACUGUAACGAGUUCGAUGUUGUUGAUGAGAAGAAGAAAUGAAGAAAUGAAGAAAUAAAUUAAAAUCUAAUCAAAAAAUAUAUUUUGUCAAACCUGUAGUCAUUUAGAAGAAAAUCAUUUAAAUGCCUAAACAAUAUAAUGUACAAAUAUUUAAAGGAUAGUAUUUAAUAAAUGGGCUGAAUGAUCACACGUUCAUAACAUCAUUCUGACUCGAAGUGCCAGAGAUAUAUUUAUUCCUCUUAUUCUAACCCCAUUUUUUUUCAUAGAGGUAUUUUGGACUUCAAUUAAAAACUAGUUGUUUUAAUGGUUAUAAUUUUUUUUGUAAUUUCAUGCGACUCCGUCUGAAAUUGGCAAUUGGGCGUUUCUGAUUUACAAUGGUACUCCUUAAAUCUUAAUCUAAUGAUUGAUUUGGAAGAUAUUGUCGUUUUCCUAGCUUGAUAAAUGUUUUAUCAAAACAAUUUCAUGCAUUUUUCUCAGACAAGGAUUUUUAGGGUACCAUUGUGCAUCUUACCUGCCAUCCAAAGUACCUGCCAAAUCAAAAAUAGAAUAAAUUCUAAUGGAUUCAACUCAAUAACAAUAAGAUUCACAUUGUGCUAGAGUUUUGAGGGUUAUUUAGGAAUAAUAUAAAACUGAUCAAAUCAUCUAUUUAUUUAAUUUUUCAGA